UCUCUUCGGCCGCUAGCCUCCGCAAUGACAUUCCUUUAUGAUCGCGUGCGUUGGUCCAAUGUGAGACUUGUGAGGGUGACUGUCCUACUGAAAUCAGCAGACGUUUGAACAGUGUUCAUUGGAUGAUCUGCUGCUACGUGGUGCACGUCAGAUAAACGAUUCGUUCUUCGCUAGCGGACAUUCGUCACACACGCCGACGAGCUCUACAUCUAAAGAAAGCAGAAUGUCUAAGCCGGGAAGGCGAGUAGCGAUCCUGGGAGCCGGAGUGUCUGGGCUGGCCUCCAUAAAGUCUUGUCUGGAGGAGGGAUUGGAACCCAUCUGCUUCGAACAGCGGCGAGAAAUAGGAGGCAUGUGGAGUGGGGUUGAUGAAUCGCUCACGGGUUGUGCACCACAACCGUACAAGUCGCUUGUGACAAACUCUAGCAAAGAAAUGACUUGCUUUAGCGACUACCCAUUUCCCAAAGAAGUUCCAACUUACAUGCCCAUGAAACUGGUUCGCAAGUAUUUGAACAGCUAUGCGGAACAUUUCAAUCUCAAGCCGUAUAUACAGCUUGAAACUAAAAUUAUCCAAGUCUCGAAGGCACGAGAUUAUGACGAGAGUGGAAAGUGGGACAUUGCUAUCGAGGACAGUAAUGGCCGCCGACAUACAGAGAUUGUGCAUGCAGUUAUUGUCUGCACAGGGGUCUGUGUUAAACCACGGUACCCGACGAUUGAAGGCAUGGUUUGCUUUAAAGGUAAAAUAGAACACAGUAUCAGUUUCACAGGAGGAGAGGCCUACAAGGACAGGAAUAUCGUCGUCGUUGGAAAUUCUUUUUCUGCUGGUGAUAUUGCUGUUGCGGUGUGUGAUCAUGCAAAUGAGGUGCAUCUCAGUGUUGGAAACGGUUGCCACGUUCUACGAAGAUUUGACGAAAAGGGCCGACCGACCGACACACAGCUGCUAAAACGUGUCUACAAGUCGAAGUGGAUGGCCCCAUUCUAUGAGGGGGUCCGAUGGAGAAUAUCAAACAUGACAUUAAACCAUAAGCGUGUUGGAAUACUUCCCAAGACACCCAGUUCCAGCAUCGGGACGUACAUGUUGAAUGACGAGAUAACCUUGAAGAUAAUGUCUGGCAAGGUGAAGGUCGUGGAUAGAGUGGUCAGUCUGGGUGAGAACGAGGCUCGUCUAGAGGGAGGGCGUGAGAUACAGGACGUUGAUGUGCUCAUUUUCGCCACUGGCUACGAACGUGAUUUCCCUUUCUUAGACAAGGAGAUCGUGGAGCCUACAGAGACGUCAGACGAGGGCAAGUUGAACUGGUACAAGAUGGUGUUCCCGGUGGAGCUGCCCCACCACACUCUGGCCAUGGUGGGCUUCGUGUCGUCGGACGGGUCGCACACGCCGCUGUACGAACUCCAGUCCAGGCUGGCCGCCAGGGUGAUCGCAGGCAACCACAAGCUUCCGGCAAAGGAGACAAUGAUGGCGGAUAUUGACAAAUGGAAUAGCUUUCUGAAAACUAAAUAUUCCUUCUACAAAUACCAGGUGCCGUACGUACAGUUCCAGGACGAAAUCGCCGCCGAGAUAGGUGUGAAACCCAACUUCUGGGAGUUACUGUGGAAGAACCCGAGGCUUGCGUUCCUGUGCCAGUUCGACACGGCCUUCCCGUUUCAGUUUCGCCUAGCCGGCCCCCACAAGAAUGAGCGCGCGAUCGAGUGGUGUUACGAGGCCCGGGAAAACACGUUCUCGGGAAUCCAGCACAGAAUCGUCCCGCUCACCUCCAGCGGCUUUGCGCUUCCCAUCGACAUGAACAUAUUGCGUCUAGUUCUCGUGGGUACGCUGGCCGUUUGCCUCUAUACGCUGGCUUGAGGUACCAGGCGAGAACUCUCCGGACCUUCUCACGAAUCGGAGAUAAUCGAUUGGAAUUGCAUCAUCAAUCAUCGGUUAUAAUCGGGUUGCACCAACCUAUCGUCGUUUGAUUAUACAAUCGAUCGUAUUUAUAUGAACUUAAGAACGAUUUGAAUUAAUGAGACUAUGCACCUGUUGUCAUGUUCACUAAUUUAAUCUAUUCAGUACUUGUUUGUUUUCUUUACGUAGACAUGGAAAAAACCCAAACCAAUACAAUGUGCAGCGUAUUUAUAUCAGUUCCACCAUCCAAACUGCAUGAACAAUUAAGAGUUAACUUGGGGCGGAACGAUGCCCAGUGGUAAAGCUUGCUGCAUGGUCGGUCUGGGAUCGAUCCCCGUCAGUGGCCCAUUGAACUUUUUCUUGUUCCAGCCCGUGCACCGCGACUGAAAUGUAUCAAAAACCGUAGUAUGCUGUAUCCUGUCUGGGAUGAUGCAUGUAGAAAAAUGUAGCGGGUUUCCUCUCUAAGACUAUAUACCAAAAUGUUUGACUUCCAAUGGUCAAUGAUUAAUAAAUCAAUGUGCUCUAGUCGUGUUGAGAAAAACAAACUUUAACAUUUAGAGUUAACAUUUUCGCGAUAAUCGACUUUGUAGUUUUAUAAUAAAUCAUCACAUCCGUAGAGCCAAACCGAUUAAUUAUCGAUUCUAAUCGAUCACUGGGACACCACUAACUAGUGAUCUGUUUCCCUGUACCAGACCCUUUAGUGUGUGUUUACAUAUACGUCACUCACAUUCCUACACGCUCACUGGCCGCUAGUUCGCCGAUCUUUUCACUUUGUUUGGAGUUGUUACCCCCUCCUCCACUGUGUUUGAAAUGGUGUACACUUGGGUAUUUUUUGUUGUAGGUUUUCUAACUGCAUCAUCCCCACCAAAAUGGUGCCCUAAAUCCUCAAAUUCGGGUAAAACGAUUAGAUAUUCAGGCAAAAUGAAGUCGUCUGAAUCUUUUCACCAUGUAUUUUCAUAAUUCUAACCGAAAUAUUAGUUGUAAUCCAUGUCUAUUGAUUUGUUUGCAACCCUAUACAUGUAUAUCCAUGUAGCUGUUUGGCAGUAAUGCUAACAUAUAUGAAUAAAUGUUGUUGGUCAGCUUCGAGUCAUUUUAGUUAAUUCGAGGAAAAAUCAACCUGUUCCCCUACAAAAUUGGGACUCGUACGCCUAUAGUUAUAUUAAGGAUGGUGGUAUGAAGCGUGGUGCAAGGGAUUAGUUUGUUUCUUUCUUGAAUAUAUCUACUGGUGUGGUCUGAGCAGGGGGGGGGGGGGGGGGGGGGGGGGGGUUGAAUAUGAACCUAGCAAACUCCUUUGAAGUUUGUCUACGUUUUCCUCUUGUCACUUAUAUGUAGCCUAAAAUUACACUGACUCAAACCCCUGCAUUUCAUAGAUGUUAACGCUAAAUCAGACAAACUUAGGUGCAUGUCUUAUAAAAAUCGACUGUAUCAGUCAAUUAAGGUGCGCUUUCACCGUACAACAAAUUAUAACGUUGUAGGGUGUGGCAGCUUCAAUCGUAUCGAUUUUAUUUGCACACCAAGUGUGAAAAUUAAUACAUAUCCGUUAGAGGAACAAGAGGCACAAAAUUAUAUUAAACAUAAAGCACGCUAAUUAAAUGACAAUGCUAAAUUAUUGUUACGUGAGUAAAAUGUAUUUUUUGCCACGGAUGAUUUGGUUUAAGAGGCGUUCUCACUAUAAGAUUUGCAAAAGAUUUGCAAUAUUUUAGCAUUUAUGUCAUUUUAUUGUGUAAAGGUGUGGAAAACAUAGGGGUGAUAACGGCCCUUCUAUGGCUCCUCCCUGAGGUUUUUUUACAAUACACCUCUAUCAUUUUAUUUACCCAUGCAAAUCCGAAUCGGGUAUUCAUUUGGGUACAAUUUGUGUUUAAAAUAUUAGUAAUAUAGUUAUUAAAAUUACUGUUAAAUCGUUGCUUAAGUUCGAUAGUUAUUAAUGUAUGUAUUGCAUGUUUGUCUUUGAUCUGGAAUGCUGUCACAGAGUACAAAUUGAUUUAAUAAACUUAUUCAAUUAUGUAAAUGUUUUAAAGGGACAUUCUUGAGUUUGCUGCAUUGUAAGAUGUUUCCGACUAAUAAAAUGUUUUUACGAUUAAACUUACAUAUUAAAUAUAUUUUCUUGUUUAGAAU